AUGGAUUCUACCCCCCUGGCGCAACCGCUAGUGGUGGACACAGAUAACAAGACGCCCAAGCACGACCUCGAGAACGGCGCUUCCACCGCUGAUACCAUUGAAGAGCAUCCGGCCAAGAAACCGAGACUGGAGAACGCUCCGGUCACCGAGAAAGAAGAGGCUGAUGCCGCUCCUAAACGGGUGAAGGGUAUUGCUCCCGUCAAAGCUGAAUUCAUUGUCCAGAAAAGCGCAAGACCCCAACCCGUUGAAGCAGAUAACACGGUCGACGCAGACGAUGCGGCCGAAGCCGCCUCACACCAGCAACGCGAGAGCGAGCAGAAAGGCAAGAAGAAGACUUCCGGUCAAAACAAGGGGCGCGACUUCGGCCAGCAUAACGAUGCGAAAGGAUUGUGCCCUUCCAGAGCUUUCAGCCCCGAAUUCUCCCCGAAGGAAUGCAAGUUUGGCGACAGGUGUCGCUUCGAACACGAUGUACGCACGUACCUGAAGGAGCACAAGCGGGCAGAUCUCACGACUUUCGGCGGUAUCUGCCCAUUGUGGGAAGCCAAAGGCAGGUGUCCGUAUGGAUACAAGUGUCGAUUUGUGGGCUCGCAUAUGACAGAGCGAGAGACGGCGGACGGCAGGAAAGAACUGGUUUUGGUUGAAGAUGAAACACGCAAGAAGGCUCAGCCUUUGGUCCCACAUGCAUCUGAAGAUGGGAUUGUGAACGCUGUUUCGAUGGAGGAUAAAGUUGCAGUGGCGCGGAGAAAGAUUAAAACUCCCAGGUCCGAUGCAUACCUGACAUGGCUUGACAAGACCUCGAAGGCCCUGGAAAAAAACCUUCACGGCCGACACUUCGACGACGAUGCAGAGGGCGAGGUUGGUGCGGACGUCAAGGUCUCACUCGAAGACGUCCGAGCUGCCUAUGUUGAGCCCCCAUUUUUGCCGUCGGAAAAGCGGCGUCUGUACUUCGGUCCCGAAACUCCUGCGUUAGCGCCUUUGACUACUCAGGGAAACUUGCCUUUCCGAAGGCUUUGUACAGACCUUGGUGCCCAAUUUACCUACUCGGAAAUGGCCAUGGGCAUGUCAUUGAUUCAGGGUCAAAAGUCUGAAUGGGCUCUGAUGAAAGCGCAUGAGACCGAGGCUAUCCCACCGACGAUCUCCUCGGGAGCCAACAUCGUCCAGGGCUAUGACAAUUCUCAGGACCUCAAGUUCGGUGCUCAGAUUGCAGCAAACAAACCUUGGCACGCGAUCAAAGCUACCGAGCUGCUAGGACGAUUGACCCCUCAUCUGCGUGUUAUUGAUUUGAAUUGCGGCUGUCCCAUUGACCAGGUCUACCGUGACGGAGCAGGCUCUGCUCUCCUUGACCACCAGUCGAAGUUGGAGAAAAUUCUUCGUGGCAUGAAUGCUGUGUCGGAGGCCAUUCCAAUCACGGUCAAAAUCCGGACGGGGACUCGAGACGCUUCUCCGAAUGCUUUAAAACUCAUCGAACGUUUGACUCUGGGGGGUCAUGAGUCUAGCAUGUUGAACAUCGGGCCUCCCGGCGUCGCAGCCAUUACUCUGCAUGGACGUACCAGACAACAGCGCUACACCAAGCAAGCUGACUGGAGCUACAUCGCUGAAUGUGCCGCGCUCAUCAAACGACUGAAUGAGAAGACGGACGAAGUGACGGAUACUGUUCGCGAACCGGACGCGCGGACGCUGCCUAACGGCGGAAAAGUCUACUUCCUCGGAAAUGGCGACUGCUAUUCUCAUAAAGACUAUGAGGACCAUAUCAACAAUGCCGGCGUGGAUGCUGUCAUGGUUGGCCGAGGUGCAAUUAUCAAGCCAUGGGUGUUUGAGGAGAUCCAGACAGGGCAGUACCUUGACAAGACAGCUACGGAAAGAUUGGCUUAUGUCGAAAAAUUCGCCAAGUACGGUCUCGACACAUGGGGUUCGGAUGAGCACGGUGUCGGUACGACCAGGCGCUUUAUGCUCGAGUGGUUAAGUUUCACUCAGCGCUAUGUACCAAUUGGGCUGCUCGAUUAUUUGCCUCCUAAUAUCCAAGACAGACCUCCAGCCUGGAGAGGCAGAAACGAAUUGGAAACUCUCCUGGGCAGUCCCAACUACAAGGACUGGAUUAAGAUCACUGAGAUGUUCCUUGGCCCAGCACAUAAGGACUUCAAAUUUGAGCCCAAGCAUAAAUCCAAUGCUUAUGAGCCACAAGGCUAG